GUUCUAUCUAGGACGGUGUGCAAGCUGGCAGCAAUGGAUGCUCUGUUUUCUCUUUCCUGGAAACACCCCCUUCUCCACUCUCUUCCCCGUUCUUCUUUCUUAGAUUGAUUUCAGUCGAUCUGCAUUGGUUUUGUCUUCCCAGUCUCCACUAAAAAUUUUCUUGAGAAAUAUUGAAAACCCACAACUCUAUCUCACAGAUCUGAUGAGUCUCUCCCGAAUCAAGCAAAGAUUUUACGAGAAAAUCCAAACCAUUUUUCUUAGAUCUUUUUUCAGGCCUAUAUUUUUUCUUUAGCUCCAAAACAUGAAAGUGAACCAGAAAGAUUCAGAGAAACUACUUUGGGAUCAGAUGAGAAGCUCCUCGUGCAAAGCCAUUCCGGUCACUGGCUCACAAAAUCGAGCCUUGCCCAAGCUCUUGCUCUGGCUCAUCCUCUUCGUCUCCGCCACCUACGUCGUCUACACUCUGAAGCUUGUUGGGUCUUCACGCGCUUGUGACGAUGAUAUCUUCAGCAAACCCAAUCGAAAAUCUGUACUGAUACAUUCAUCAUCAACAUCAGGAAAACCCAACUCAACAAUCCCAUCAAAUUAUUUCCUGCAAAAUCAAACCAUGUUUUCUAGUGAAAAAAUCCCCAAAACCCACCAAAAAACAGAGCUCAAAGACAUCGUUUUCGGCAUUGCAGCCUCGGCGAAACUUUGGGAAAAGAGAAAGAACUACAUAAAGCUUUGGUGGAAACCCGAAGAAAUGAGAGGCAUAGUAUGGCUAGAUAAGCCAGUAAACAACUCCAAAAAUGAGGGUCUUCCACCGAUAAAAAUCUCCGGCAACACCUCUCAUUUUGCCUACAAGAACCGGCAGGGUCACCGGUCGGCGAUUCGGAUUUCUCGGAUCGUAUCUGAGACACUAAGGCUAGGAAUGGAGAAUGUGAAGUGGUUUGUGAUGGGCGAUGAUGAUACAGUCUUUGCUAUCGAGAAUUUAGUUAGAAUAUUGAACAAGUAUGAUCAUAAUCAGUUCUAUUACAUUGGGAGCUUAAGUGAGAGUCACUUGCAGAACAUUUAUUUUUCUUAUAGUAUGGCUUAUGGUGGUGGUGGGUUUGCAAUAAGUUAUCCAUUAGCAAAGGCUCUUGACAAAAUGCAAGAUCAGUGUAUUCAAAGGUACCCUGGGUUGUACGGCUCUGAUGAUAGAAUGCAGGCUUGUAUGGCUGAACUCGGUGUUCCACUCACCAAAGAACUCGGUUUCCACCAGUAUGAUGUGUAUGGGAAUUUAUUCGGGCUCCUGGCAGCCCACCCAGUGACACCAUUGGUGUCGUUGCACCACCUUGAUGUGGUGGAGCCUAUCUUCCCCAAUGUGACACGACUGCAAGCUCUACAGCGGCUUAAACUCCCAAUGAAGAUUGAUUCAGCAGGUCUCAUGCAACAAUCCAUUUGCUAUGACAAAGCAAGGAGUUGGACAGUUUCAGUUUCUUGGGGCUUUGCAAUUCAAAUAUUUCGGGGAGUCUUGUCGCCCCGUGAGAUUGAAAUGCCAUCAAGGACAUUCUUGAAUUGGUACAGGAGAGCAGAUUACACGGCCUAUGCAUUCAACACACGUCCAGUUAUGAGAAACCCUUGUCAGAAGCCCUUUGUGUAUUAUUUGUCAUGGGCGAGAUUAGAUUCUGUGAAAAUACAAUCAGUGAGUGAAUAUACUCGGCAUCAGGUUCCUUAUCUGGAGUGCCACUGGAAGAUGGCAGAUCCUGCGGAACUUGACAGAGUGGUGGUUUAUAAGAAGCCUGAUCCACAUCUAUGGGACAGGUCUCCAAGAAGAAACUGUUGCAGGGUCUUGAACACAAAAGGAAAAAGCAUGGUCGUGGAUGUAGGUGUAUGUAGGGAAGAUGAGGUUAGUGAAGUAUAAUCACAACCAGAGAAUGGAUCAGGGUACAGAUGGACUCUCUUUUCCUAGAACUUAUACCAGGGGUGUUAGGAGGGAGAAGGAAGAGUAAGGCAGCAGCAUUUCAAAGGUACUCAACAGAGAGAGAAGUAGGAUUAGUAGACGAAACAAGAGGAAAAUACUAGAGCAAGAUGAACUCUCAGGAAAAGAGAGCAUACUUUCUUCACUUAUUAAAGUGAUGAUCGCACACUAGGUCUGUUAUUCUUGUAUUUCACCUUGUUUAUUUUGAUUCUUAGUGCUAUAUUUCUUAUUAAUUUGUUAAUUUAUGGCCAUUGAACUUUCUUGCAAGGACCUUCCCAGUUCCACUGACGAACAAUCACUAGAAAAAAAAAUUGUGAAUGUACAAAACUGCUAGUCUAUUC